UUGUGAGGGGGCUGUGACUACCCUAUGAAAAAAGGGCAGCCACAAGAGGACUUAAAUAGAGCAACAGGAGGAUGAGAUGACCACUUGUAUCCGAUGUGGAUCUGCAGGAUGUAUCUGAAGAGAAUUGUUCUGUAGCUAUUGGCCCAGGGAACGUGGAGAGCUAUGCCACUAUUCAACCCCUUGGCGUGGGUGCGGGAGUGGCUGCGACAGAGCAGAGGCUCCUCCAGAUUGGUGCUGGUGGUCGUGUGUGUUGCCCUGCUACUGGAUAACAUGCUGCUUACUGUUGUCGUGCCCAUCAUCCCAACCUUUUUAUAUGCCCUUGACCACCCGACACAAGACCCCUUCAUCCAGCCAAGCACACAGAGGCCAUCUGAGGAGGGCUUCACAUUGGCCUCGGUCCACUCCUUCUACGACAACACUUCCUACAGCCUCAGAGGCUCUGAGAGCAACCUGUCUGAGGCCCUCCUCUUCAACAUCUCCAGGAACUCCAGYCAGGUGAAAGGCAGCACAUGCCAGGAGGACAGUGCCUUCUUGGACAAGGAGAAUGUUCGUGUGGGACUCCUCUUUGCUUCCAAGGCUCUGGUGCAGCUUCUGRUCAACCCCUUCGUAGGUCCCCUGACCAACAGGGUUGGAUAUCACAUACCAAUGUUUGCUGGCUUCAUCAUCAUGUUUGUUUCAACAAUAAUGUUUGCCUUUUCAGGUACAUACGCCUUGUUGUUUUUUGCUCGCUCUCUUCAGGGAAUUGGUUCCUCUUUCUCCUCUGUGGCAGGGCUGGGAAUGUUGGCCAGUGUGUACACAAAUGAUGAGGAGAGAGGCGUAGCCAUGGGGAUCGCUCUGGGUGGACUGGCCAUGGGUGUCCUCAUUGGAGCGCCAUUUGGCAGUGUGAUGUAUGAAUUUGUGGGGAAGACUGCUCCUUUCUUAAUCUUGGCUUUUCUUGCAGUAUUUGAUGGAGCGUUACAGCUUUGUAUACUUCAGCCAUCAAAGAUUUCACCAGGAAGUGUGGAGGGCACUCCUUUGCUGACCCUACUGAAGGACCCCUACAUUCUCAUAAGCGCAGGCUCUCUGUGCUUCGCCAACAUGGGAGUUGCCAUUCUGGAGCCCACACUUCCCAUCUGGAUGAUGCAGACCAUGUGCUCUCCCAAAUGGCAGCUUGGUAUGGCUUUCCUACCAGCAAGCAUUUCUUACCUUAUUGGCACCAAUUUAUUUGGUUUGUUGGCUAACAAAAUGGGAAGGUGGCUGUGCUCCAUGUUUGGGAUGUUUAUUGUUGACGUCAGUCUCCUUUGCGUUCCUUUUGCAAAGAACAUCUAUGGUCUUAUUGGUCCAAAUGCAGGCCUGGGGUUUGCUAUUGGAAUGGUGGACUCCUCUAUGAUGGCCAUAAUGGGAUACCUGGUGGAUAUUCGCCAUGCCUCGGUCUACGGCAGUGUUUACGCCAUAGCUGAUGUCGCAUUGUGUAUGGGUUUUGCCAUUGGUCCUUCGAUAGGGGGCUCCUUGGUCAGUGCCAUUGGAUUUCCUUACCUCAUGGUAUUCAUUGGCAUCAUCAACAUCUUCUACGCUCCACUGUGCUUCUUCCUGCGUAAUCCUGCCAUCAGGGAGGAGAAGAUGGCCAUCAUAGACCAGGAAUGCCCUCUGCACAGGAAGAGCUACAACACACAGAAGGAGUGUCGAGAGUUCCCUUUGAGUGACGAGAGCGAGGAGGAAACGGAGGAGUAACAUGCUCCUUGUCAACCCAACACACACAUUUUUUUUACAGUGAAAGAGCAGAGGCAUUGUUCAUAAUGCCUUUGAAUUGACAUGAUGUCUAGAAAAUACAUUUUGUUAGCACUUAUCUGUAUUCAAAGUUUCCUAAUGACCUCUGUACUUAGUUUAUUACUGGAAAUAACAAACAAUGGCACCUGUGUUUUUAAUAUGGCAUGUAUAGUGACAGUAGUGUUUGCAUUUUAUUGUGUGUGUGUGUGUGUGUGUGUGUGUGUGUGUGUGUGUGUG